AUGUCAGACCCAUCAUCGACGGGAAAUACUGCGUUCUGUAGAGCCGCAGAGGAGGUCAAAAACUUGCAGAAAAAGCCUUCAGAUAGCGAUCUUUUAAAGAUAUAUGCUCUUUAUAAGCAAGGGAUAGAAGGCGAUAACACUACAGCUAAGCCUUCGUUUUAUGAUUUUAAAAACGUUGCAAAGUGGAAUGCUUGGUCUGAGCUAAGAGGUUUUCAUGAACUGUCAAAGGAGGACGCACAAAAAAAAUACAUUGCACUUGUGGAUUCGCUUAAGACGGCUCCCCAAUAA